AUGGAAAUAAGAGUGGAAGUAAGCUCUUCACGGGGGGCACCCCUGGGGACCACACGGAGACCCGGCGAUCCCGCGGUGCGCGCACCAUAUCGAGCUAACAAGACCCUGAAGCCUGACACCCUCCACUUUGUGAAGACUGGGCGAGUCAAGAACUGCGGAGUCUCAGUGGUUUACUUCGCAUGCGCCGAGGGUGGGGCGGGGCGGGGGCGGCCAGCGGCGUGGCGCCGGGGACGGGGCGGAGCCGAGGGCGGGGCCAGCGGCGUGGGUGGGGCGAACGCCGGGGGGCGGGGCGUAUCCGGGAUUGGGCGAGAGUCGGGGACGGGGCGGAACCGAGGGCGGGGCCAGUGGCGAGGGUGGGGCGAGCAUCGGGGAGGGGCGAGUGUCGUGGGCGGGGCGAGCGCCCGGGACGGGGCGGAGCCGGGGGCGGGGCAGAACCGGGAGCAAGGCGAGCGGUCCGGCCUUCACUCCCACUCGGCGCCCCAACUCGGUGUCUGGUUUCUGGGCAGGUCCUGUCCGUGCCACACCGCUGUCCUGGCGCAGCCGCCGCCGCCGCCGCCGCCCUCGCGGGCACAGACGUUUUCCACGCCAGGGAGGGGCUCGUCCCCCAGCCGCCGACUGGGCAAUGUACGCGGCGCGGCCGGGCCGCCGUCGCCGCCCGGGCGCCGGGCCCGCCCGCCGGCUCCCGGGGCCGGCCGCUUGUCCGGCGCGGCCCGCGAGGAGCUGCGGCGCCGCCUGCUGGGUCUCAUUGAGGGCCACCGCGUGGUCAUCUUCAGCAAGACCUAUUGUCCGCACAGCACGCGGGUUAAAGAACUCUUUUCUUCUCUGGGAGUUGACUGCAACAUCUUGGAACUUGAUCAAGUUGAUGAGGGGGCCGGCGUCCAGGAGGUCCUGUCGGAGAUCACCAGCCAGAGGACUGUGCCCAGUGUCUUCGUGAAUAGAGUGCACGUGGGCGGCUGUGACCACACUUUCCAGGCACAUCAGAGUGGUUUAUUACAGCAGCUCCUCCAGCAGGAUCCGGCGUAUGACUACGACCUCAUCGUCAUCGGUGGGGGCUCCGGGGGCCUCUCGUGUGCUCAGGAAGCCGCCGUCCUGGGGAGGAAGGUCAUGGUGCUGGACUUCGUGGUCCCGUCCCCCCGUGGCACGGCCUGGGGUCUUGGUGGCACGUGUGUGAAUGUCGGCUGUAUCCCGAAGAAGCUGAUGCACCAGGCCGCGCUGCUGGGGCAGGCGCUGAUCGACUCCAGGAAGUUCGGCUGGGAGUACAGUCAGCAAGUGAGGCACAGCUGGGCCACCAUGACAGAGGCCAUCCAGAGCCAUGUCGGCUCGCUGAGCUGGGGCCACCGGCUAGCCCUGCGGGAGAAGGCAGUGACCUACGCCAACGCCUAUGGGGAGUUUGUUGAGCACCACAAAGUCAAGGCAACCAACGAAAAAGGACAGGAAGCGCUUUAUACUGCUGCGAAGUUUGUCAUCGCGACAGGAGAGAGGCCGCGCUACUUGGGGAUCCCGGGAGACAGAGAGUACUGCAUCACCAGCGACGACCUGUUCUCGCUGCCCUACUGCCCGGGCGCAACCCUGGUGGUGGGUGCGUCCUACGUGGCGCUGGAGUGUGCGGGCUUCCUGGCCGGCCUGGGCCUGGAGGUCACGGUCAUGGUGCGCUCGGUGCUCCUGCGGGGCUUCGACCAGGAGAUGGCCGAGAAGGUGGGCGCCUCCAUGCAGCAGCUCGGCGUGCGCUUCCUGCGCAAGUUCGUGCCUGUGGAGGUCCAGCAGCUGGAGAGGGGCCUGCCCGGGAGGCUGAAGGUAGUGGCGAAAUCCACGGAUGGGACAGAGACAAUGGAGGGCAUCUACAACACGGUUUUGUUAGCAAUUGGUCGUGACUCCUGUACGAAGAAGUUAGGGCUGGAGAAGAUUGGUGUGAACGUCAGUGAGAAGACGGGCAAGAUCCCCGUAAAUGACGAGGAGCAGACCAGUGUGCCCUACGUCUACGCUGUCGGGGACGUCCUGGAGGGCAAGCCGCAGCUCACCCCGGUCGCCGUGCAGGCGGGCAAGCUGCUGGCGCGAAGGCUGUUCGGGGGCCGAUCAGAGAAGUGUGACUACGUCAGCGUCCCUACCGUGGUGUUCACGCCCUUGGAGUACGGCUGCUGUGGGUGCUCAGAGGAGAAGGCUGGCGAGGUGUACCAGGCGGAGAACCUGAAUGUCUACCACACUCUGUUCUGGCCUCUCGAGUGGACAGUGGCCGGCAGAGACAACAACACUUGUUACGCGAAGAUAAUCUGCAAUAAACUGGACAACGAUCGGGUGAUAGGAUUUCACGUCCUUGGACCGAACGCCGGGGAGAUCACUCAGGGGUUUGCCGCCGCCAUGAAGUGCGGGCUCACGAAGCAGCUGCUGGAUGACACCAUCGGGAUCCACCCCACGUGUGGAGAGGUGUUCACCACCUUGGAGAUCACCAAGGCAUCGGGACUGGACAUCACGCAGAAGGGCUGCUGAGGCUAGGCCCCGCCGCCCCGUCCUGUCCCGCCCCGUGGCGGUGAGACGGCACGUGCGGCUCAGGGAGCCCGCGCUGCCUGGGGACAGGAGGCGGGACGGCGCAGGGCCCACUGCCCGGCUGGGCUGACGGGAGGGCAGACUCGCUGCCUCCUUGACGUCUUCGCUCAGAGCCUCCAGGUGAGCCAAGACUGACCUCUGCCCGCCAGCUCCUCCGCGAGGCCUCUCUCGACCGACUCGUCCAGGUCAGCACUCCUGCUUGCUGCGGUUUGAGCCCCUCCCUGUUGCUUCCAGGAAACAGUCUCUGUUAUGAAACUGACUCCAGGGGGCGUGUUCAGCCUGUUGAUCUUCAGAGUAAUAUUAAAAGGUUCUCAGUACUGUA